AUGAAUCCUCACUAUGUAGCUGCAGCCAAUGAAUUCCCUAUCCCAAUAAAAACAGCCUUAGGCAUCUCCAAGGUUCAGGUAGGUACGGUUUUGCAAAAAAGUUGUAUUUCUAGUUCUCCCCCUCAAAUGAUAAAAGACUGUUGGCAGUAGCGUCUUGGGACAGUUAUUUGAAAAUCUACGACCUCACUAAUCCUAAUAAUCCGAUUGAGCAACGAAAUAUCUUCCACAAGAAAUCUGUUUUAUGCUGUACGUUUGCGGUGAGUUUUUGUUUUGUUAUGAUGUAUGAUUUUUAGAAUCAACAAAGCCUGGUAAGUGGCGGACUUGAUGAAGUGGUCAAAUUAGUUGAUGUCGAAUCCGGUAGAGGUAAUCAGUGCAUUUUAUACUGUAGUCUACUUGACCUUUUAGAGACAGUAAUGGGCCAACAUUCUGCGCCAGUCCGAUGUCUCGAAUUUUGUCAAACUAUGCGAACGGCGGUGUCUGCUGGAUGGGAUGGCUAUCUAAAAGUAUGGAUUAUUUAUUUGUUAUAUAGUUUUAUGUUUUAGCUUUGGGAUACUCGAACUCUUCUUCCAGUGGGUCAGAUGGAUUGCGUUGAAAAGAUUUACGCCUUGGAUGUGGUUGACAACAGGGCCGUAGCGGGCACGAAGGACAAGCAGAUUUAUGUUUGGGACGUGAGAAACUUUGCUCAUCCUCUACAACAAAAAGAAUCCCCAUUAAAAGUAAGAAAUCGCUUUGUUAUUCAUAUUGAUUUAGUACCAAAUCAGAGCCAUCAAAUGCUUCCCGUCUGCGGAAGCGUUUGUUGUUUCGUCGAUUGAAGGCCGAGUGGCGGUCGAAUACUUUGAUCAAAAUCCGGAUGUUCAGAAGAGUAAAUACGCAUUUAAAUGUCAUCGUGUGAAGGAUGAACAUGGAGAACUGAUUUAUCCAGUCAAUACCAUCGCCUUUCAUCCAAUUCACCGAACUUUCGCUACAGGAGGUCAGUGACUCCCUGAUGGAUAUUUUUUUAUUCAGAAUCGAAGUAAUCCAGAAAUUUCUUAGGUUCGGAUCAGAUGGUUAAUAUGUGGGAUCCCUUCAACAGGAAACGAUUGUGUCAAUUCAGGAAAUUCCCAUCCUCUGUGACUUCUCUCUGCUUUACUCCGGAUGGAUCAAUGUUGGCGAUUGCUUCAACUUACCUGUAUGAGGAUGAUAAUGUUCCCAAUCCUCUGCCCGAACCUUCACUAACUAUAAGGAAAAUGACAGAAUUAGAAGUUAAACCAAAGUAA